GUUUCUCUCUUUGUGAUGAUGGUGGUUAUUGUUCUUCUUCCUCAGCUCACUCUUUCUGCUUCAUCUACAUAUUCUCGUCCCGAGAAGUUUUACAUCAACUGUGGAUCGCGUUCUAAUGUCACAUAUGGUGGUCGGACUUUCGUUGGAGAUAUGACCUUGGCUGGUAACUACGUUUUCUUCACCAGUGAAGGAACUGAAGCCAUCAACCAAUCUGAAUCGUCCAAUGAGCUAGGGAUUUAUCAAACGGUUAGGAUAUGCAAACACCCUUCUUCUUACAAGUUCCAACUUGAUUCUGUUGGUCAACACUUUGUGCGUCUCCAUUUCUGUGCUGUCUAUUCUCGGACUGAGCUUUUAACUGCUGGUUUCACUAUCUCUGCUACUUCUGGUUCUAAUCAUCACUUGAAAAGCUUCUCGCUUCAGAAUUUCACAGAGACCCCACGAGUUGAGGAGUUUCUCCUGAUGAUUGACUCACCUGAGUUCGAAAUUCUUUUUGUGCCCGAUCAUUUCGACAACAGUCUGCACACAAUUUACAGAUUAAACAUAGGAGGUGAGAAAAUCACACCAGAAAACGAUACCUUGGGACGAACUUGGUCGCUAGACGAUGACUUUCUCUACCGAGAAGAUUCUGCGAGAAACAUUUCAUCAACACAAAAGCCUAACUACGAGCUGGGGUCAGCGACACAAUUCACUGCUCCUGAUUUUGUUUACCUGACGGCUAAAACAAUGAACCGUAGCACGAGUUUGGGGACGAAGGGGGCAUUGAUAAAAGUUACUUGGUCCUUUAAGGUCAAAAGUAACUAUAGACACUUCAUCAGGAUUCACUUAUGUGAUAUUUUGAGCGAAUCACAAAACUCUGGAUCUAAUUUCUAUCUCUAUGUAAACGGGCAAUGGCGAAUAGAUGUAACGCUUUCAGAUCAUCUUAGGUUGAUGACUCCGUUUUAUAUCGAUGUUGUGAAUAUAUCUGAUGGUUCUGGACUCUUGAAUGUUAGUCUAGGUACUACGGAGUACAAUAGAGAAGCUGGUUUCCUCAAUGGUGUAGAGGUGAUGCAGUUUUUGAAAAAAUCUGAUUCUUUAGAUAGAAGUAGUUCCCGGGUUUACAUCAUCGCUGUUGCUGUUGCAUCGUUUCUGGUCUUGGGUUUGCUGUUUAUAAUUUUCUUGAAGCGGAGGCGAUCAAAGAACAAGAAGUCAGACGUUGAGGUCACUGUAUGGUCUCCUUUGCCAUUGUACAGAGGAGGUGGGAGCACCGACAAUAUACCUUUCUAUUCGGACAACAAUUCGCCAUUAGUCAACCUACAGUUAGGCUUGAAGAUUCCCUUCAAAGACAUUUUGAGAGCUACAAACAAUUUCGACGAGCAGUGGUUGAUCGGGAAAGGCGGGUUUGGCGAUGUUUACAAAGCCACUCUUCCAGAUGGAACUCUAAACAAUAAUCUACCUGACGAGGAAGUGAAUCUAGCCGAGUGGGCGAUGUCCUGCAAAUCAAAAGGUAUAAUCGAUAAGAUCGUAGAUCCAAAAUUGACAGGUCAUAUCGAGCCGAUUUCUUUGAGGAAAUUCAUGGAAAUCGCAAAGAAGUGUUUGAAAGAGAACGGAGAUGAGAGGCCAAGCAUGGCGGAUGUGAUCUGGGAUCUGAAAUACAUUCUCCGGCUUCAGAUGAUUCACGAAGAUAACACCGCGACGAUCUCUAGCUUUGGAGGCGAUGUUGGCUCGUUGGUGAAUUCCGAAUAUAAUAAUGGUGAGUGAUUCGUUUAACAAUUGAAUAACAGAUUCAUCGGAGACUCGAGUUUUUCUCCUAAUUGAAGAACAGAUCUCAGAAGCAAGAUCAAACUCUAAUUUACCAGAAUUGUGUGCAUUGCAAAGCGUCUCUGGUUUAAAUAUUUUUAAAUUUGGAAUCCGGUCACCGUCGGUUUAAGGAUGAUGAUUUUUAAUAGAUGCAAAUUAAAUUC